CGUUUUCAUGUUGUGUUAGCACAAGUCUAUGGGUUGUUGUAAGGUGCCAGCUCUUAUUCAGGCGCAGGUAGAAAUGGGGUUGGUUAAUGAUGUUGAGCACAAAAGCCUUUUUAGAAGAGAUACAGAUUCCCCACAAAGAAAAGCCGCUUCCUUGAUGGAACAAGGAUCACUUUCUGCAAGUUUUCGAGAACGUGCAACUAAAACACCUAUGAACAGUGUGCUACAGAGCUUCAAGAUUGUGAUUUUAUCGAAUAAACUCAAUCUUUUGUUGCCUUUUGGUCCUCUAGCAAUACUACUUCACUACUUGACAGAUAAUAAGGGAUGGAUCUUCUUAUUGAGCUUAGUAGGCAUCACACCAUUAGCUGAACGUCUCGGAUAUGCCACAGAGCAAUUGGCUUGUUACACAGGUUCAACUGUUGGAGGCCUCCUAAAUGCUACAUUUGGAAACGUGACAGAGCUGAUCAUAUCGAUUUUCGCUCUUAAAAAUGGAAUGAUACGCGUUGUACAGCUGACACUUCUCGGCUCGAUCCUAUCUAACAUGUUGCUUGUACUUGGCUGCGCCUUCUUUUGUGGCGGGCUUGUAUUUUCCCAGAAAGAGCAAGUCUUUGACAAAGGAAAUGCCGUUGUGAAUUCGGGAUUGCUUUUGAUGGCUGUCAUGGGGCUACUCUUCCCCGCAGUUCUUCAUUACACGCACAGUGAGGUUCAUGCUGGCUCAUCAGAGCUUGCUCUCUCAAGGUUCAGCAGUUGCAUAAUGCUCGUUGCCUAUGCUGCUUACCUCUUUUUCCAGUUAAAGAGCCAGCCGAGUUCUUAUACGCCUCUUACCGAGGAAACAAACCAGAACGAAGAAGCUUCAGACGAUGAUGAAGAUCCUGAGAUCUCCAAGUGGGAAGCUAUCAUCUGGCUUUCAAUCUUGACGGCUUGGGUCUCUCUUCUUUCCGGCUAUCUUGUCGAUGCCAUUGAGGGUGCUUCGGUCUCAUGGAAGAUACCAAUCUCUUUUAUCAGUGUCAUCUUGCUUCCAAUAGUUGGGAAUGCGGCCGAGCAUGCAGGUGCUAUUAUGUUUGCCAUGAAAGACAAGCUGGAUCUGUCUUUGGGAGUGGCUAUUGGAUCCUCAAUUCAGAUUUCUAUGUUCGCGGUUCCUUUCUGUGUGGUGAUCGGAUGGAUGAUGGGUGCACAAAUGGACCUAAAUUUUCAGCUAUUUGAGACAGCUGCACUGUUUAUAACUGUUAUUGUUGUAGCUUUCUUUCUUCAGGAAGGGACAUCAAAUUACUUCAAAGGAUUGAUGCUCAUUCUUUGCUAUUUGAUAGUCGCUGCUAGUUUCUUUGUACACGAAGAUCCUCAUCAAGAUGAGUUCCAGAUGGAUUUGUUGAAAAUGUGGAUCAACAAAAGCAGCAUUGAGUCGAGAUUCGGGAACCAUAAGCUCAACUUCUUCAAGUCUAUGGGGUGGGGUAAGGUACCAGGUUUUAUGCAGGCGUACGUAGAAAUGGGGUUGGUUGAUGAAGUUGAGCUUAAAAGCCUUUUGGAACAAGAAACAGAUUCCCCACAAACAAAAGCAGCUUCUUUGAUGGAGCAAGGAUCACUUCGAGAACGCAGAGCUAAAGCGCCUAGGAACAGUGUGAUCCAGAGCUUCAAGAUCGUGAUUUUAUCAAAGAAACUCAAUCUUUUGUUGCCUUUUGGUCCUCUAGCAAUACUAGUCCACUACUUGACAGAUAAUAAGGGAUGGUUCUUCUUACUAAGCUUAGUAGGUAUCACACCUUUGGCUGAACGUCUCGGAUAUGCCACAGAGCAAUUGGCUUGCUACACAGGUUCAACUGUUGGAGGUCUCCUAAAUGCUACAUUUGGAAACGUGAUAGAGCUGAUCAUUUCGAUUAUCGCUCUUAAAAACGGGAUGAUACGCGUUGUACAGUUGACGCUGCUUGGUUCGAUUCUGUCUAACAUUUUGCUUGUACUUGGCUGCGCCUUUUUCUGUGGCGGCCUUGUGUUUUCCCGGAAAAAUCAAGUCUUUGACAAAGGAAAUGCAGUUGUGAGUUCGGGAAUGCUUUUAAUGGCAGUCAAUGGACUACUUUUCCCCACAUUUCUUCAUUACACGUACAGUGAGGUUCAUGCUGGGUCAUCAGAGCUUGCUCUCUCAAGAUUUAUCAGUUGUAUAAUGCUCCUUGCCUAUGCAGCUUAUCUCUUUUUCCAGUUAAAGAGCCAGCCAAGUUUUUAUACCGAGGAAACAAACCAGAACAAAGAAAUGUCAGAAGGUGAUGAAGUUCCUGAGAUCUCCAAGUGGGAAGCUAUCAUUUGGCUUUCAAUCUUGACGGCUUGGGUCUCUAUUCUUUCUGGCUAUCUUGUUGAUGCCAUAGAGGGUGCUUCAGUCUCAUGGAAGAUACCAAUCUCUUUUAUCAGUGUCAUCUUGCUUCCUAUAGUUGGAAAUGCGGCCGAGCAUGCAGGUGCUAUUAUGUUUGCCAUGAAAGACAAGCUGGAUCUGUCUUUGGGAGUGGCUAUUGGAUCCUCUAUUCAGAUUUCUAUGUUCGCUGUUCCUUUUUGUGUGAUGAUAGGAUGGAUGAUGAGUGCACAAAUGGACCUAAAUUUCCAGCUAUUUGAGACGGCUACUUUGUUCAUAACUGUUAUUGUUGUAGCUUUCUUUCUCCAGGAAGGGACAUCAAAUUACUUCAAAGGACUGAUGCUGAUUCUUUGCUAUUUGAUAGUCGCUGCCAGCUUCUUUGUACACGAAGAUCCUCAUCAAGGUUGGUGUUGAAUUAGCUAUAUAUAUUUUCUUUGUUUCAACAAGAAAACCUCUUGCGUCAUAUCUCUGCUGAAAUGUGUUUUUGUGUUGUUAUUCUUGAUAGAUGAUAUAUAAAGCAAAAAACACAGAAGAACAAAUAUAGUUUGUAUCCUAAA